UUGCCAAGGAAAAUGGAGCGUGGGCACCGCAAAUCAUCGCUGGGACGGCUAAACAAUCGCUGUCGGAACACGCUUUAUAGCCAAAGGCAUUUAAGUCAGUUUGAAAUUGAUACUCACAUCGAGAGUGUUUGCAGGUUAUUACAUUUUUAGAACAAAAGGUCAAGUUCUGCUAUCAUGUUUGUGGAUCAAAGUUUCCUUUGUUGAUCAAAAGCCUGCGUCCGAUAUUCUUGACACGACUUAGCAGGAAAUAUCAUAUUGGUGUCAGUUAAUUUCCCAAGUUAGACAAUUCAGUGGUGUGUUAAGCCAUAGAGCUUCUUACUGAGUUGAAUCACUGAUCAGGGGAAGAGUAUUUGGAGAUUCACGGAAAAUUAAGCAUGCAGAUGUCAAACAGCACAGUCAUACCGCCUAUUAACCUCAUACAAGAAAAUGGCUAUACUGAGGUGCCAAGAACACCGCUGGUCGUAAUUUUAGCGUUUCUGUCAUUUAGCACUGUCCUCGGGAACUGCGUGAUAUGCUUUGCCAUCUACAAUCAUCCUGCCUUGCGUCAUGUGACCUACUUGUCAAUUUUCAGCCUGGCGAUCGCGGACUCUUUAGCAGGCCUGGUUGCCAUGCCAAGUUACAUCUUGAAAAAGUUUACAUGGGAUGAACCAACGCAGACAAUUGUAUGCGAUAUUUUUCGUUCUUCGUAUUUCCUGACGGGUUACGCUUCCAUUCUAAGUUUAUCAGUCAUCAGCGUGGAGCGCCUUAUCGCAGUGAGAAAUCCGCUGAACCACGUAACUAUUGUCUCACGUCGUCGAGUAGUGCUGGCACUGGUCUUUGCAUGGGUGGACGCCCUUCUGGUUUCGUCGCUUCCUUUCUUCCCAUGGGAACCAAACAAUCCGUAUAGGGAAUGCAGCUACAGUCCGACUCGCUGGUGGAGCAUUAUGGUCAUCAUAUCCAAUGUAAUUACUCCAUUUCUUGUCAUUGUGAUUUGCUACAGUCUCAUGUAUCUAACAGCCCAAUCCCAUGUCAAAAAAAUGUCAAAGAACAGUAGGCAGCUAUCCCACAACAGUAAAAAUUCCGCCAAGAAUCACAAAGAACGCCGAGCUAACAUUACCAUCAUGAUUGUGAUUGGCGUCUUUGUGGUGUGCUGGUUUCCAUCCUGUUUCUAUUAUUUCCUGCAGAAAACCUGUCCGCAAUGCUUCUCUGAAGCAUUCAAAGCCAAACAGAGUCUUGUCAAUGCUUUAGUGAAGGUUCUGACUUUCACUUCGUCCUUUUUGAAUCCCAUAAUUUAUUGCUGGAGAAGUCGCGAGUUUAGAAGCGUAUUUCUGAAAAUUUGCCGCCGAAAGAAGCGCAGCUUUUCUAAUUCAUUUUCCAGUUAUUUUAACAUUCGCAUUUCACGACGGAACAGUAAUGAUCAGACAAGGCCUCGACGUUCUACGGCAGAAGAAGUUGUUAUUAACAAAGAAACUCUAGAAUUACUAGUAAACAGUAAAUCAAGUAGUGUGUAAAACGUUUUACUUAAAAAAAAGUUUUACCUGUUGAUCAC